GCCUUGGUAUAGGCCAUAACCACCAUGGCUCCUGCCGUACGUAGCUGGAUACACUCCGUCAGACCACUGGGCAACUUCGGUGCCCAGACCCCAUCAGGCACUGAGGACGCCUCCCUACCGCCGUUCAUCGAGGCCAUCGCGGACGCAUCUGGAACCAAAGACGGUCCACUCGCAAAGGCGCUCGCGCUCCUCUUCGAGGCUUCCCCCGUCCUCUACAACGCCCUCGUCCCAGGAGUCGCGGCGCACAUCCAGACCGCGCCCCCCGUCCUCUCCUACUCCGCGCUCAUCGACGUCUCGCUAUCGGUGAUUUCCUCGUGGAGCGACGAGCCCAAGGCGCAGUUCAUCGCCGGGCACCCGCGCAUCGGCGAAGUCAAGGGAUUGUCGAAACUCAGCGAGCAAGAACAGGCGGCGAAAGCGACCCCUCCGGAAAUCCUGGCGCGCCUAGCUCACCUGAACGCACUGUACGAGCGCAAGUACCCGGGCUUGGUGUACAUCACGUUCGUGAACGGGAGGUCGCGCGCGGCGAUCAAGGAGGAACUGGAGGAUAAGCUGGAGCUGGAGCACUCGGUGAGUGUGGACGAGCCAUUGGUGGAGAGCAUCGUGAGCGUAGAGGCUGGUAGCGAGGAGUGGAAGCGCGAGCUGGAGAGGGCGGUGGGCGAUGUAGGGAAGAUUGCGAAGAGCAGGCUUCGGUCGUUAGGUGUGGAGGACUCGGAAGCAGAGUAGUGCAAACUGCAUGGUUCGAGGAAUCUAGUGGAGUAUACACGGGUAUAUGUACCAGUGUACGCCGUGAAGCAACACGUAUCGCAUGGCUUGGGCUGACCGGAAUCAUGAGCAGUGUACAGUAAUAAAUGUCCGUUAAAUAUGCGAAUAAGAACGGAGCCGUAGCACAGACAACAGCAAGAGACGAGAUAUAGCACACCGGAAACGAGCCGGACAAUAGACUUCUUCUCCCUUUGCUAUGAUGCGACGGACGUCGUCGACGCCGUGCGGUUCAUCCGCUCCGCUCUUUCCCUAAGCACCUUCUGCCUGCGUAGCUCCCACUCAGGCGAGCGUCGGCGUAGGUCGCUCAACAACUCAUCCACGAGCGUGUACGACCCCUCCGGCUUGUCCUUCACCUCCACCGCGGCGACCUCCGCCUCGCGGUUGAUCUGGAGCUGCUCCUCCAUCGCCUUCAUCUUCUCCUGAUACCGCAGCUCGGCCUGCGCCUUCGUGUCCUGGUAUCGCUUCUGGCUCGCGAGGAUUUCUUCGCGGAGGACGCGCAUGCGCUCUUGGUGCCGGAGCUCGGCCUGUCGCUGCCAUUCGGCGCGCUCGCGGGCGAGUCGCGCUUGGACUUCGUCUGGGUUGACGAUAAUGCGGCGACGGAUGAAAUUAAGGCCGUUGUCGUAUGCCUUGCGCUUGGCUGGGUCGCUGAGCACGUCAAACGCCGUACGGACAUCUCUGAACUUAGCUUCUGCAGCAGCUACCUCUUUCUCGUCAGCACCAGGACCAAGCUUGUCAGGAUGGGUUUCCAACGCCUUCAACUUAUACGCCUUCCGAAUGUCAUCUGCGGUGGCAUUCUGAGAGACGCCCAGUAUAUCAUACAGAUUCAGUCUUGAGGCCAUAUGGCCCGGGAACGCUUAGAGAUAUCCAGGAUGGGUAUGAAGCGAAGCGGGGACAGACGGAAGUUGCAGAGCAAC